UAUACACCAUUUGUAACAAGCUAAUUAGUAAUUACACUUCCACGUAAAAAUAGACAUAUUAUUGACACUUACGUAGCACAAUGUAAAAAUAUGGAGGAUUCUGACAGUAGCAGUGGAAACAGCGUUGAAGCUGACGGGGCAGAAAAUGAAGAUCAGGAAGAAAGUGUUGAAAACAUAAAGCAAACCGAAAAUAAAACGUCUACUUUCGAUUUCACUGAACAGUCAUGACGGACUGAUUUUGUUCUAAUUGUUGAAGGAACGAAGUUGUACGUGGCUAAGAAUAUAUUAUCACUUGCUUCGCCGGGUUUUGAUACAAUGUUUCAAUCCAGCUUCAAUGAAAGUUCGUGCGACGAAUUGGAAUUACCCGGGAAGAAGUUAAAUGACGUCAUAGAAUUCCUACGAUGUAUAUAUCCGAACACAUUCACGCAAAUGACUCGUGAUAGUGCUUUGAAAGUAUUACCUCUCUUAGAAGAGUAUCAAGUCUUACAACAUAAACCAAGAUGUGAAGCUGUUUUGUUAGAGAGCGUCAAUACAGAAACAGACAUUGAAGAAUUGUGCCAUCUCCUACAAGAAACAUGCUUGUAUAACUUAGACAAACUUCAUCAGAAGUGCGUAUCACUCGCAUCUGAGAAAUCUCAAGAAGAAUUGGACGAGACAUUAGAAAAAUUCGUAUUGCCUGCCAAAGCGGCGAAGGAAAUCUUUGAGAAAAUAAAUAAGAAGUUGAGAGAACAAAUAACAAAUCUUGAAGUUCUUUUGGAAGAAGUAUCAGAAGAAGCCAAGAAAAGUAAAGAAAAAAUGAAAUUAACAAAUGCAGAAUUAAUGAAAGAACUAGCACUUAUGAAGCAAUAUUUGUCAGCCGAUGUUAAGAAAACAAAAGAACUUAAACUUGAUGGCGAAUUGAACUGGCAAGGAAAGAUGUUUGUUUUAUUUAUUGAUAUGGAUAAAACUCCCAUACAGUCAAAACAGAAAAUUGUUGUUUGGGACAUCCCUCUAACUGUAUCGAUAUCUAUCAGCAAAAGAUCUGGAGAUGAAUGGCUUAAAAUUGAAAUAAUAAACGAUGGAAUUGAAAUUCUUUGUUCUUUCAAAAUGCAUCUUGCAUUUGUAAAUAGACAGCCUAAUGGUCAGAAUCAGGUUUUGUAUUUUAAUGAGACACUUCCAAAUUGUGUGUUUGGACGAAAAGCGCGUAUGUAUUUGAAACCAAAAAGUGAGGUUAUGGAUGUGAAAAAUGGACUUGUGUUUGAUGGAGAAAUUGGAAUUAUAGUACAAAUGUACAUGUCACAACCAAACACAAUCUAAAAAAUAAAACAUUUGUAAACAAGAUAAAUGUUUUACACUUGCAUUGUUACCCAAAAUAGGAUUAUUAAACUGACAAAAAAUAACUAACCUGUUGUACCUCUUUACUUUUAUCCGUUAUAUAUGUAUUACUUGUGCAACAAACAUAGACAAGAUCAUUCAAAAAUGAUUCCAAGCAACUUUGGUGAACAUACAGGUAGAAAUUACACAUUGCAACAACUUUAAAUAAAAACUAGGGGCCUCUGUGGCCGAGUGGUUAAGGUCGCUGACUUCAAAUCACUUGCCCCGCAUCGAUGUGGGUUUGAGCCUCACUCGGGGCGUUGAAUUCUUCAUGUGAGGAAGCCAUCCAGCUGACUUACGGAAGGUCGGUGGUUCUACCCAGGUGCCCGCUCGUGAUGAAAUAAUGCACGAAAAAAUCAAAACUUUUUGCCCGAAAGUUGGUUUCUCAACAUUUACUAGACGAAAUUCUUGAACACCAAAUAUGUUUUCGGUGUCGUAUAAUCUUGUUGAUUUUACAAAAUAAUAUAAAGAUUCUCAUGUAAGGUAAAUAUUUUCGAGGCACAUUUUCAAAUUAUUCCUGCCUAUUGUAUUUAUUUUCAAUGUUCUGGUGUCCUAUGUAUUUGUCUUAGUUUAGAUGUUUUAUAUUGCAAUGGUAUUUCCGGAAAAGUAAUGAAACUAGUCAAACACACGAGAGCUUGUUAUAAUGAUUGCUGUUAAUUUAAAGACGCUCGCUACAGUUUCGUAAUU